AUGGCUUCUUCUUCAUCUUCAUCUUCUCUUCCAAUGAAGCAUCAAGUAUUCUUGAGCUUCAGAGGUGAAGACACACGCCUUAACUUCACCAGUCAUCUUCUCAAAGCGUUGAAAGACACGGGAAUGAAUGUCUUCUUCGAUGAAGAUACACUGGAAAAAGGGGACCAACUUUCACUAGCACUUUCCCAAGCAAUUGCAGUCUCAAAUCUCUCAAUCGUAGUUUUGUCCGUCAACUAUGCUUCUUCAAAAUCAUGCUUGGCUGAACUCUCUGACAACAUGAGGCGCAAGGACACUCAAGGACAUAUUGUUCUUCCCAUUUUUUAUCAUGUUGAUCCUUCUGAUGUACGAACUCUUGGUGGGAGAUUCAAAACCUCCUUUGAUGACCAUGAAUUAAAAAAUCUAGAUCAAGUACAACAAUGGCAAGCUGCCUUGGCUGAAGUUGGUAAAUUAAAAGGGUGGCAUAUAGAAGGAUGCAAAUUCGAUAGAGCUGAAACUGAGUACAUUAAGGAUAUUGUUGAAUACGUAAUAAAAAAGUUGAUGAAUAGCAAGUUUGAAAGUGUUCCCGAAGAAUUGGUUGGAAUAGAUGAUCAGAAAAAGACGAUUCUAAGAUUGAUUGAUCAAGAAGACAGUCGUAUAAUAGGACUAUGGGGAAUGGGUGGUAUAGGCAAAACUACCCUAGCUGAUGUUGUAUAUAAGGAAGCCUCUCCAAAGUUUGAAGAUCAUUACUUUCUUCAAAAUGUUUGUGAGAAAUUACAAAAACAAGGAAUCGAAUCUUUGCGAAAUGAAUUUCUUUCCAAACUAUUAAACCAAAAAAUCUGUAUAGACACCCCCUCCAUAGGUUCAACUUUAAUACAAAGGCUUAAUAACAAAAGAGCGAUUGUUGUUAUAGAUGAUGUUAAUGAUCCGGAUCAAAUAGAUUGUAUGGGUGUUAAACAUUUUGGUAAGGGAAGUAAAAUCAUUGUAACAUCUAGAGAUAGACAAGUACUUAAGAAUGGAGGAGUUGACAAAUUGCAUGAGGUAAAGAAGUUAAAUGAGAAUGAUUCUCUUCGGCUUUUUUCUACAUUUGCAUUUAAGCUAUUGAAUCCUUCUGCUGAUUUUCGAGAUCUAUCGAACAAGUUUGUAAAGUAUGCUCAGGGCAGUCCACUUGCUCUUAAAGUUUUAGGUUCUAAAUUGUAUACAAAGCCUAAAAAAGAUUGGGAAAGUGAGGUGGACAGGUUAAAGGAAUAUGCCCAACCAAAAAUUACACAGAUUUUGAAGAGAAGCUUUGAUGGGUUGGAUGAACUAGAGAAGAAUAUAUUUCUUGAUAUAGCAUGCUUGAUGAAGUGGACACCCAAGAAAGAUGUAGAAGAACUUCUAAGUUGCUAUUAUAAGGGUGCAGUGUAUGGAAUAAGUAACUUGAUCGACAAGUGCCUACUUGAGAUCGAACCUUCUCAAAGCAUUUAUAUGCAUGAUAUGCUUGAAGAAAUGGGCAAGGACAUUGUUCGCCAAGAAUCUAAAAGCAUCGGAAUGCGCAGUAGAAACUCCGAGAAGAAGCUACUUGCAAAGGAGCAUGAUAAUGUAUCUCUUCCUAAUGAAUUAAAGGUUCUUUGGUGGAGUCAUUAUCCCUUCAAAAAUUUAUCAAGUUUUAAUCCAAACAAUCUUGUUACGCUGGAGUUAUCAAAUAGCAACAUGGAACAACUUUGGGAUGACGAUGAUCAUCAGGAUCUUGUUAAUUUGAGCUGCUUUGUCCUUAAUGGUUGCAAGAAUUUAAGGAAGAUCCAUAAACUAUUAGGAGCCAUCAACCUUGUAGACAUUGAAUGUAUAGGAUGUGAAAGUUUGGUCGAACUUCCUUGCUUGAAUCAUUUGGCAUCUCUAGAUUAUCUUAAUCUUGACAAUUGCUGUAGUCUCAAGGAGUUUCCCGAGCUCCCAAAUAGCAUUUCUGCUUUACAUUUAACAGAAACUGCAAUAGAAGAAGUACCCGAUUCAAUUGAGCAUCUCCAUGGACUUGAAUUUUUGUUUUUGGAAGACUCGAUGGUCAAAAAUGUGUCGAGCCAUAUUUCUAAGCUGUAA